AUGAAUGAAAUUAAAAAAAUAAAUGAUUUAUUUUCUAUAAAAUCAAUUACAUCAAAAGAUGCUUCAGAAAUUAGAAAAAUGAUAAAAGAAUUGGCAGAUUAUGAAAAACUUGGUUCACAGAUGAUAUUAACAGAUGAUGAUAUUAAAAAUCAUAUUGAUAUGGGAAUUCUUAAGGGAUUCAUUGUUGUUUUACAAAAAAAUAACAAUGAAAUUGCUGGAAUGCUCCUAUAUUAUAUAGCAUACUCUUCAUGGAAAGGACCAUUUUAUUUUCUUGAAGAUAUAUAUGUUAAAAAUGACUACCGAAAACAAAAUAUUGGUAGACAUUUAUUUUAUGAACUUAUUCAGGUGGCAAGAAAAAAUAAUAUUAAAAAAAUAUCAUGGUCUGCUUUAAAAUGGAAUACUCCAGCAAUAAAUUUUUAUAAAAAAAUAGGAGCAGAAAAUCUUACAGAAACUGAGGACAGGAAUUAUAUACCGUUUUUAAAUGUUCUUCAAUCUCACUAA